UACUGGUUUUUAUACUUACUCAGAAUCAACACAGCUUCAUUGGCUUCAAGACAGUGUUAAAAAGCAGGUCAUCUGGCCCUUUCUGAUACAGAGAAUCAUGCACAUCACAGGAGCUGAAAGACUCAUCCUCAUUGGUGGUCUGCUGCAAGAAAAUCCAUCCCAACCCACUCUAAGUCCAGCAACAGUACAUGUGAUGGAGGGGACCUCAGUGAGUCUGAUCUGCUCUGCUGCAGCCCCCUGUCCCUCACUCCCUCCAACUCUGACAUGGACCCCCACACUGAGUGACAGUGUGGAGGAUUUGCAGGUGACUCCGAAUCGAGUCAUAACUUCUAUCCUGAACUUUACCGCUUCACAUGUCCACCAUGGAGAGAAGAUCUCCUGCACUGCGCUGUACAAACGACAAGCUGGCAAGAGUGAUAAAUCAUCCAAAACUGAUCUGACAGUCGCUGUUCUUUACUCUCCCAAGAACACCUCAGUGUCAGUCAGUCCCUCUGAUUCAGUGGUAGAGGGCAGCUCUGUGACUCUGACUUGCAGCAGCAAUGCUAACCCAGCAGUGGGGCGCUACAACUGGUACAGAGUUAUUGGAGAGCAGGUUUCAACAGUGAGGGCUAGCAGAAUGCUAACUGUCCAGGUACCAGCAGAUGACAGUUAUUUCUACUGUGAAGCCAUCAAUGACCAUGGAACCGAGAAGUCAUCUGUCAUUCAACUAGAUGGAAUGUACCCUCCCAAGAACACCUCACUGUCAGUCAGUCCCUCUGGUUCAUUGGUAGAGGGCAGCUCUGUGACCCUGACCUGCAACAGCAAUGCCAACCCUGCAGUGAAGAACUACACCUGGUACAAAAUCAAUGGGACUGAGGCUGUCCUUUUAGGAUCUGGAGAGAGCUUCACCUUAGACAGUAAAGCAAGUGAUAGCGGGGAGUACUGCUGUGAAGCACUGCAUGCACUCGGUAAAGAAAAAGCCACAGUUGUUCAGCUGGAUAUUCAAUAUCCCCCCAAGAACACCUCAUUGUCAGUCAGUCCCUCUAGCUCAGUAGCAGAGGGCAGCUCUGUGACUCUGACUUGCAGCAGCAAUGCCAACCCAGCAGUGAAGAACUACACCUGGUACAGAGUUGAGGGAAGGGAGAAGGACAUUGUCGGGUCUGAAGAGGACCUCAACAUUUCCAGUGUGACCAGGCUUUCAAAUGAAAAGUACUACUGUGAGGCUCAGAAUGUCCAUGGACUGCAGACCUCUGAAGCCAUCAGUAUCAAUGUAACGUUUGCUUCAGAGAUCCUGAACACCUCUCACUGCAUCAGGAUUUCAGCUACAUCUCAGAUCAGAUGUUUCUGUGAUAGCUAUGGGAACCCUGCUCCCACACUGGUGUGGCAACUGUCUGGAGUGUCUGUCAAUCACUCAACUAACACCAUCAUCAUGGAGGAGCCAAUGGGCCAAGCAGGCCUGAGGAGCUCCAUCACCAUCCACCAAUCACAGGAAGAGAAAAUACAGAGUCUGGUCUGCCUCAGCUCCAACUUUGUUAAUUUUGACAGCUUCAAGUUUGACUUAACAUCAAUGAAAACAUUGGAAGGUUUCCAUCUUCCCUCUCUGUUGAUCGGGGCUGGUGUGGGGGCAGGAGUGAUGAUGCUCCUAUGCAUCCCACUACUUCACUUCUGCAAGCAUAGGAGAGCCAGGCAGUCACCAAGCAAAAGACAGAAGGACACAGCAGAGUUCAUAGUGACGGAUGAGGAGACCCUCUUUCAGGAGGAGGACAAUGUCUAUGCCAAUAAAGCCAUGCUGGAUGAGGCCCUCGGGCCCAACAGGACAGUGGACUGGGAAAUCGACGACACAGACCUCCUCCACUACGCCAACUUGAACUUCUCCAAACUCCAGGCCAAGGUGGCCGAGCGGGGGGUGGGGGAGGGAGAGAUCAGGGGAGUCGCCUCCAAAACGACAGAGUACGCAGUGAUCCGCCUGCAAUCCACAGGCAGUAUCGAGGGAGGGGCUGAGAAGAAGGAGACCAUUCCUGCUCUGAAGCAGGGGGAGCACACUGAGGACCAUGGAGCUAAAGUAUUGGAAGAAUCCCAGGCAGGGCACGAGAGUGACGAGGAAGAAGAAGUCGCAAAAGAUUCUGCGCUGCCAGAGCUACAGGGUGUGACUAAUUAUGCCCUCAGUGUCCAGGAGUAUACAGAGUCCCCACUGGGACAGUCUGAGCAGCACAACACAGCAGAAACUGCAGUGGACGAGGUGACACUGCUUUCUGAGCCGAAAGAUUCCGCUAAUGGUGAAGAGGAGGACACAUAUGGGAACAUAUGUCGUGGUCAGGUCAUAUCUGAAGCAAAUUGUGGACAACCUGAGUUAGAUAGGAGGACGAGUAGGAGAGUGUAAAGGCGUAGUAAGCUGAUGUAUAGAGGGAGUAAAGCUUAAAUGCAGAUAAGGUUGUGAAAAAUCACCCAUAAUGCACUGCAGAGAAAUCCUCGUCACCUUCCAAACUAGAACCACUAUGUCCACCUUUUUUUUAACACCAGUUAUUCUACAGUGUCUGUUCAUCAGUUGGAUUCUCAUCUCUAUAUAUACAAUAUAUACAGAAGUCUGUGGACACCCCUUCAAAUUAGUGGAUUCGGCUAUUUCGGCUUAAAAUGAAAUCCAAUAAGGAAAUACAUUAUAUUUUGUCCUGCUGAUCUACACAACCAACUCCACAUUUUCAAAGUGAAAGAACAAUUCUAUAUAUAUUUUUCCAAUUGAAUAAAACAAAAAAACAAAGAUGUCUUGAUUGCGUAUGUCUUCACACCCCAGAGGUAACACCUGGUGGAAGCACCUUGGGCCGCCAUUAUAGCUGUGAAUCAUUUUGAAUAAGGUUCUACUAACUUUGCACAACUCUUAGGCUAACACAUACCCAUUGUUUUUUGUCCAAAUAGCUCAAGCUCAGUAAAUUUGGUUUGGGAGUCAUUGAUGGACAGCAAUAUUCAAACAUUGUCUCUAAUUGUCAAGCAGAUUUAAGUCGGCACAAUCCACAGUACUUGAAAAUACAGAGGGUUUUACUCUGUGUUGUUUAGUUCUGGAUUUGGCCCGUGGUUUAUAAUUUAGGCCAGAAAAAUGAAUUUCCUGUGUUGUCUUGCAGUAUUACUUAACAGCCUUGUUGCCAACAGAAUGUUUGAUUUGAAGGGGAUUUUUUUAACACAGGCUUCCUCCUUUUCACUUUUCUAUCGAGGCUAAUAAUGUGGAGUGAAUGCAAUGUUGUUGAUCCUCCUGUUUGUGGUGGAAACAAUGUGUCAUUGGUGUGCUUGACCUCGGCAGGGAUUGGAGAGUUUGUCAGGAUCAUAAUAAAUAUGAAAGGAGCAAAACCCAGAUUAACAAAGCCCAGAUUCAGUCUUCUGAAUACCAAACACUGGGAUAGAGUUGUAUUUUUCAGCGAGUCAAUUGCACACAUUUCAAUCUCAAAGACACACCAGAAUGGCUUUCCAAUAGCUGUUGACUGCUUCUGAAUGGUUCAGUGUGGUUCAGUCCUGACUUAAAUCUGCAUGAAAAUUUGAGACAAGGGGCUGGACUCAAUCCGUAUCGCUGUAGUCAAAUCCAAUGAAAAUCAAAUCAAGAAGCUGAUUUUCAAGGUUUGAAUUUUGCUGUCCAUCAAUGACUUCCAAACAAAUAUACUGGGCUUGAGCAAUUUGGACAAAAACAAUGUGUAUAUGUCGCCCUAUGAGGUGGUCAAAGCUGGUAGAAUCUAAUUCAAAAUGAUUGACAGCUCUAAUGACUGCCAAAGGUGCUUCCACCAAGUAUUUACUCUGGGGUGCGAAGACAUACAUAAUUAAGACAGCUCCGUUAUUUUUUUAUUUAUUUAUUAAUUUGGAAAAUGUUCUGUAUUUUUUUCUUUCACUUUUAAAAUGUAGAGUAAGUUAUGUACAUCAGUAGGAAAACAAUCAAAUGUCAUACAUUUUUUAUUUACUUUUAAGGCAGCAAAAUGUUAAGACUGUGCGGGGGGGGGGGGUGUACACUUUCACUAGGAACUGUUUAUGUUUUUUUAUUCUGACUUUUUAACUGUGUUUUUAUAGAUUAGCGUCGCUCCUUACAUACAUUUUCAAUUAAUUAAAUGUUCAUCUUGCAACAGUUAAGAGUGUAAUAUUUGUUUGUUUUUCAAAGUUUUGUUCCUCAUCUAUGAAUUUGUAACUUAUUGUUGCACAGACAAUGUGUAUUUAUGAACUUACAAAAUGUGUGUGAUGGUUAUGAAUCACUUCAACAUGUUGUAUUGUUGUUUUUAUUGUCUUUUUUAUUGAAAAUGUAUUUACAAUGUUUAAAGCUGAAUACAGGUGAAUACAGGUUACAAGCAGUCAGUAAAUUCAGCAUGAUUCAGUAACUAUGUAAAGUCAGAAGUCAGUAAUAAUGCACACUGCAAUGUUAAACAAAUAUGGAGACAUGGUGUCAGUUACAUAGCAUAUACACAAUAGCACAUCCUGUAAUAUGGGACAUUUCUAAACAGUGAAGCAUUUCUGUUUUGACAGCCUAGUAAGCACACAUUGCAUUGAUGUACCGCACGAUGUUCAAACCCACUUUGAAUGACGUCAAUAAACUCUGUUUUCUGCCA